AUGCUCAUCGUGCCUGGUGGCUGUUCACGACUUGGUGGUGUCUCCCUCGGAAAGGGGGAAGUCCAGCCCGUCCCUGCUCUCACCGGAACAGGAGUCUCUACACUCACAGACCAAAAUACCAUUCUGCAUACAUCUACUUCCACUGUCACAACCACAGGGGAUCUAUCGACUACGAUUGCAGCUUCUAUUGGAAGUACUUUGUCACCAUAUGUUUCAUCCAGUGCCAAUCGGACCCUACCGCCUUCCAGUGCAUCGAUAACGAAUACAACUGUCUCGAUCACCGAAAGCACCAUUUCCGCUGCAAACACCAGCAUUCCUUAUGCUACCGGAGUGAGUGGAUCUCUUCUAUCUUCCUCCGGUGUUCAACCGACCGGGUUGAGCAUGUCGACAAGUUCGAUCGCCGCAGAAAGCCAUCCUCCUGUGCCAACUUCCACAAGCAUGGUUUCUGGCGAUCGCAGCUCUGCAACCUCCACUACGACCUUGUCACAGGCUGAGUCGUCCUCUCAAUCUUCAGCGUCCUCUGCAACUUCGUCGUCCUUGUUGGCAAACUCGACAUCAGGCACAGCUUCGAUGCUUUCUCCUCUAAUCUCUUCAUCAGUCAGCUCUACUAUUUCUAGGACUUCUUCUUCGUCCAUCACUGUCAAGUCGACAUCGACAAUCUGGACGACCAGGACGACCAAUCUCACUGUCACCUUACCUUAUCCGGCCGAAGAAAAGUCGACAAUUACAGAAACAGCUUAUGAAACAGCUGAUGAAACUAUUACAGUAAGCCCAGUCGGCGCAUUGUCGACUGACUCCCUUUCCGACAGCUCUACCAUAAAUGUCCCCAACAGACCAGCGGAGUCCACUACAACUGCAAGUACAACGACUGUGCAAGCGUCUGUCUCUACCUUGACAGUAUAUGUCAGCACCACACUACCAACUCCAACAAGCACAACUACGGUGACCGUGGUCGAAUCAACUUCUUCGUUUUGUUCCGGUAGCAGCUGUUCCACUACAUCAUUGUCCGCAUCCUCUACCCCUGCCCCAUCAAGUGUGCCUGGAACAAAUACCACAAGCCUACAGAGCACGACCUAUGCGUACUCGACAUUCUGGCAGAGCUAUUUCAGCUUCAUGGCCGCCGACCACAAUACAGCCGCCACACAAUCUGGAACAGCGAUAUCUGCUACUGCCUCACUUUCUCAAAGUCCGGCGGCCGCUGGUCCGGCAGUCAACCACACCAGCAUAUCCAGCGACGCAGGCACAAACAAAACAGCUCCAUCGACGUCGGAUCCUAGCAUUACAACCUCGAGCGCAGCCUCCACAUCAUCUCGCAGCUCCGUCACACCAGAGAUAUUCUUUUUCCCAGAUACAGAUAUGAUUGUAUAUUCCUGGUCCGUCAUCACUUUGGCGAAUUCUCACUUGACACAGACCAGACUCGGCCCGCUCACCUCGACCUGUGUCCCUACUGCAACCGGGACGACGGUCGGCCAGGAUGGAAGAACGACCUUUCAUCCCGAAUGCAAAUCUGGGCCGGGGCCGAUGGUCAUUCCUGGUAUCUCUGCCACUAAUCCUCCCGCUUCUCUCACUACUCCUCCCACUUCUCUUACGGCGACAACUGCUCCUACCCAGACAGGACCGGUACUCACGGAUAGAAAUAGCUCGCCAUCUGCAACAGCCUGGGGUCCUCGCGCAUCAUUGAAUGCCCGUGGAGAGGUCACAGGUGUUGCACAGUCCGAGAUGAUUCAGUCUCAAGCAGAUUCCAUUCACGCAGCAGUUCGGCCAAGUGGUUACAGUGGUACCGGGAGCCAUGGGGUCCAAUCCGACAGCUGGAUGGCCAGAUUUUCGAGGUUCUUCGUUCUCCCCUUCAAAUCCGGUGUGCCGAAUCCGACGACUCUGGCGACAGUCGUUCGCUAUACUAUGACCACUACGACAACCCCAACUGCGUCCACUACUGGCUGA